AAAACAGAAAUGUUGUUCUUUGUGGAAGUCAUUGAUGAAAUUCUAUGUAUUUUAGCCCGCAAACUUUCUUCAAACAAAAACAGCGCCAUCUAGUAUCGAGUUCUGUAAUUAUCUCUUUGUUUAUGGAUUUGAAGUAAGACCGCCACGCAUGCAAUACAUUAUGACUGGGGAUUCCCCUAUUCGUCGACGCUGAAUAUGAGGCGACGACAAUCACUGUCAAACGUGUUCACUAUUACUCUGACUCUGGUAACGUGACUUCCUGGUAACGUGUUAGGUAGGAAAAGCAGUAAAAAAGUGCAUAUUAAGGGAGCAGAUUUGAAAUAAUAUUUAUACUUAACAAGAAAUAAUUAAAGGUUCAAUGGGGAGACCUAAAGAUUUACGCAUAUGGGAGCACUACCGUACUUUACCAAACAAGUCUGUUUCUUGCAAGCUUUGUAAUAAGGUCUACAAAUUCAGUAAUGCUGCCAAAAUGCUUCAACAUCUUAUCACUUGUCCAAAAUCUCCAGAAACAUUAAAAGACUCUAUGAAACUUAUAAAAGAUAGCUCGUCCAAAACCAAAAUGUCUGGACUGUCAGAGAUAGAGACAAAUGAUUCUUUUAUAAGCCCCUCGUCGUCUGCUAACACUACAAUAAAUGCUGAGUUUCAAGACACCGAUGAUCAUAUAAAAACAGAAUUAGCGAGAGCUAUAUUUGUAACAGGGACGCCAUUAUCGAUGGUGCAACAUCUAUUUAUGGAUACAAUUUUUCGAAAAAUUGCAACCAAAAUUUAAAAUACCUUCACGUAAAGCUUUAGCGACAAAAUACUUAGAUAAAAUAUAUAGAGAAAUGCGUUUUGAGUUAAAUGAGGAACUAAAUGCUUGUAGUUACUUACACCUUCAGUGCGAUGGCUGGUCUAAUUUAAGAAAUGAAGGAAUAAUAAACUUUCUUAUAUCAAAACCUCAACCUGCAUACGUUAAAAGUUUGAAUACAGAAAGUAAUCCUCACACUAGUGAAUACCUUAGCCAAGAAGUUGAAAAAGUAAUGAAAGUGUAUGGAGCAAAUAAGUUUCUUGUACUUAUUGGCGAUAACGCUAGAAAUAUACAAAAGGCAUUCGAAUUAACAAAACUCAAAUAUCCACAUGUUGUUCCUCUCGGUUGCUGUGCACAUAUCCUUAACUUGUUGUGCCAAGAUAUUGUAAAGAUACAAGAAGUAACUGUGUUUAUUAUGCAAGCCAUAAAUAUAAUAAAAACUGUUAAAAGGAGUCAACGAUUAAGUUCCUUGUUGAUAAAAUCAAGGCAGGGUGAAGAUUCUACACAAACACUAAAAUUGCCUUGUGCUACAAGAUGGGGAAGUCAUGUUACUUCGUUAAAAAGUUUGAAAGCAAAUAAGAUAGCUUUGCAAAUAUUAACAGUUAGAGAAGAUGUGGUAAUUUCAAGAGAUAUUAAAGAUUUAAUUCUAAGUGAUGAUUUCUGGACGAAGACAGGGGAAUGUAUAAGUAUUUUGGAACCAGUCACUGAAAGCAUAUUUUACUUAGAGAGCGACCAGAAUCGUUUGCAUCGCACAUACAUUACAUUUAGAGAUGUACAAGCUAAGAUACGUUUUGCAUUAAAUGAGAUUUCGACAUUGAGCGAAGAAAGCAAACAGCAGAUUCUAACAUCAGUAUCUUCAAGAUGCAAUAUGGCAAUGAGGCCAAUACAUUUUGCAGCAUAUAUUCUAGACCCCAGGACUCUAGGAGUCGAACUUACUCAAGAGGAAGAACUUAAGGGUAUGGAGUUUAUCUACAAUUUAAGCCAACACUUAAGUUUGUCAAAUGUAAUGGCAGAUUUGGCGUGUUAUAAAGCUAAAGAAAACUUUUGGGCCAGAGGAUUUGUAUGGAGCUCAUUAGAUAGCAUUGAGCCCCUAAUAUGGUGGAAAGGUAUUUGUGGUUCCACUGAGUUAAGCAAAGUAGCGAUUCGUAUUCUAUCAGCUCCCUGUACUUCGGCAGCCACUGAGCGUUCCUUUAGUAUCCAAGGCUACAUACAUAAUAACAAAAGAAAUCGACUUACAACUGAAAGAACUGAAAAAAUUUCAUUCAUUUGUUAUAACUGGAAUCUUAAACAUAAAGCUGAAUGCGAGGACAUUCAGUUUAAUGAAGAAAAUACCUUAGAAGCUUUCAUUGAGCAAGUAAAUGAACAUAACAGUUUAGACGAAAUAGAGCCUAUCGAACCUAUACAAUUCAUCGCUUGUAAUAACUCUGAAUCUGACAGUGAUUGACUGUAGUUUUACAUUUUACUUUCAUCUCUUUCUUAAUAAACUCAAAAUCAAAUUAAAAGUUUUUUAUUCUGUAGGCUGCAUAAUAAUAUUGUCUAUGUCCAGUAUAGUGGACGUCUUGCGGCUGAGAUGACGAUGAUGAAGUACAAAAUCAUAAACACCCAAAAAUUUGGGUGUUUAUGGGGUUUAAACCCAAUAAACCCAAAACACCCGGUUUUUACCCACCAGACUUUAAACCCACCCAGGUGGAUUGCCCAUCUCUAAU